AUGGUAGCGACAGCGUCGUCGGCUCAUCUCGCUCACGAUCGUCGCGCAGGUAUCGGCGAUUUGACCUCAUUGGGGCCGCUACGACGAGGGGCUCACGUGCUCGUGGUGGGAGACGGCAACUUCUCCUACGCCCAAGCAUUCCUGCGCGCCCAGAGCAUUCGCAUCAGAGCUGCUGAGAUUACGCUGACGGCCACAUCGCUGGACACUGAGCCUGAGUUGCUCGAGAUGUAUCCCAAAUCCCGCAGCAUUCUAGAAAACUUGCGGCACGGUAAUGUCCACGUUCGACACGGCGUGGACGCUACAAAGCUGUCGAGCUAUUUCAGCCAGAACCGUGCGGACUCGGUCAAGUUUGACCGGAUCGUGUUCAACUUUCCCCAUUACGCGGGACACGAACGCGGGGGCGACAAGACCGUACACAACAAGAUCCAUCGCCAUCGACAACUCUUGCGCGACUUCUUCGCUAGCGCAAGUCAAGUGCUGACGCGUGAGGGACAAGUCUGGGUCACGCUCUGUGCUGGACAAGGAGGGACGAAGCUAGAGCGGAGACCUCGAGCACAAGGGGAUACGUGGCACAUUGUUCACUGCGCUGCAGCGGCAAAGUUCGUGCUGCACGACGCGCAUUUCUGUCCCGUACGCGCGUUGGCAGCAUUCGGGUACUACAGCGUCGGGUAUCAAGCUCGAGAAAAGGCGUUUUGGACGCACGACAGCAUCACACACGUGUUCGUCCACGAAGGCCGUGGUCGCCAGUCGUGUUUUCCAAUUGAGUGGAACCGCGACGUCAGCUUCUGGAUCACGGAUGAGCACAGCUUCUCCGAAGACCUGUUGCAUGGCAUUGUGCAGGAACACUUUUCUCCAGAGACAAUGAGCGUCGCCAUCUCGCUGCACGACGAGUACCGCUGCAAACAAAGUGCCCGGAAGGCCGUCACGUAUCGCCUCGCCAUUUCGUCGUUCGCGCUCGCACUCACUCGAGAUCGCGUCAAUGUGUUGACUGAGAAAGCGCUUACGGCCAUCGAGAGCUCGUGCUUCGGCGCUUCUCGCCGCACAACCGCUUUCUGA